CGCGGUGACGGAGCGCGGCGGCCGCGGCCCUUUGUUGGCGGCGGUUGAGGCGCGGCGGGGCCGGGCCGGGCCGGGGCCAACGGCGGCGGCGGCGGGGCCGGGCGCGGGGAGGCCGCGGGAGCCGCCGCCGCUCCCUCAGCGCCUCGCCAUGGACUCGGACGAGGGGUACAACUACGAGUUCGACGAGGACGAGGAGUGCAGCGAGGACAGCGGCGCGGAGGAGGACGAGGAGGACGAGGAGGAAGACGAGCCCGACGAUAAUCUGGACCUGGGCGAAGUGGAGCUGGUGGAGCCCGGGCUGCGCGUCGGCGGGGAGCGCGACGGGCUGUUGGGCAGUGAGACGGGCGGGCUGGGCCCCGGCGGCGGCGGCGGCGGUGGCGGCCUGGGCGGCGGGCCUGGCCCCGGCGGAGGCCCCGAGCAGGAGGAGGAUUAUCGCUACGAGGUGCUGACGGCCGAGCAGAUCCUGCAGCACAUGGUGGAGUGCAUCCGCGAGGUCAACGAGGUCAUCCAGAAUCCAGCGACUAUCACUCGGAUACUGCUCAGCCAUUUCAACUGGGAUAAGGAGAAGCUGAUGGAGAGGUACUUUGAUGGCAACUUGGAGAAGCUCUUUGCAGAGUGUCAUGUAAUUAAUCCAAGUAAAAAGUCACGAACGCGCCAGAUGAACACCAGGUCAUCAGCCCAGGACAUGUCCUGUCAGAUCUGCUACCUGAACUACCCAAACUCGUACUUCACUGGCCUAGAGUGUGGACACAAGUUCUGUAUGCAGUGCUGGAGUGAAUAUUUAACUACCAAAAUAAUGGAGGAAGGCAUGGGACAGACCAUUUCAUGCCCUGCCCAUGGCUGUGAUAUCUUAGUGGACGACAAUACAGUUAUGCGUCUGAUCACAGAUUCCAAGGUGAAAUUAAAGUACCAGCAUUUAAUAACCAAUAGUUUUGUAGAGUGUAAUCGACUGUUAAAGUGGUGUCCUGCCCCCGACUGCCACCACGUCGUUAAAGUCCAGUACCCGGAUGCUAAACCCGUGCGCUGCAAGUGUGGCCGUCAGUUCUGCUUUAACUGCGGUGAAAACUGGCAUGAUCCUGUUAAAUGCAAGUGGUUAAAGAAAUGGAUUAAGAAGUGUGAUGAUGACAGUGAAACCUCCAAUUGGAUUGCAGCCAACACAAAGGAAUGCCCGAAAUGCCAUGUCACCAUCGAGAAGGACGGGGGCUGCAACCACAUGGUCUGUCGGAACCAGAACUGCAAGGCGGAGUUCUGCUGGGUGUGUCUGGGCCCCUGGGAGCCCCACGGAUCUGCCUGGUACAACUGUAAUCGCUACAAUGAGGAUGAUGCAAAGGCAGCAAGGGAUGCACAGGAGCGAUCCCGAGCAGCCCUGCAGAGGUACCUGUUCUACUGCAACCGCUACAUGAACCACAUGCAGAGCCUGCGCUUCGAGCACAAGCUCUACGCUCAGGUGAAGCAGAAGAUGGAGGAGAUGCAGCAGCACAACAUGUCGUGGAUCGAGGUGCAGUUCCUGAAGAAAGCAGUCGACGUCCUCUGCCAGUGUCGUGCCACACUCAUGUACACUUACGUCUUUGCCUUCUACCUCAAAAAGAAUAAUCAGUCCAUUAUCUUUGAGAAUAACCAAGCAGACUUAGAGAAUGCUACAGAGGUGCUUUCUGGGUACCUGGAGCGAGAUAUAUCCCAAGAUUCGCUGCAAGACAUAAAGCAGAAAGUACAGGAUAAAUACAGAUACUGCGAGAGCCGGCGGAAGGUUUUGUUGCAGCACGUGCAUGAAGGCUACGAGAAGGACCUGUGGGAGUACAUCGAGGACUGAGCCCGGCCCUGCAGCAAUGAACUCUGAACCCUUUCCCAUCCUAGAGUGCUCAUGCAAUUCCAAUAAAACCCACCCAGGGCGCUGCUCCGCCUCUUACACCGCUGGUCUGUAGUACCGGGAUUCUGUUUUGUUAACAGAAAAAUUAAGUAAAUUAUAUUGUAAUAAAAAAAAAAGGUAGAUAAACCAUUGUACAACAGUAUUCUAGGCGGCCAAGAGUGUGACAGACGCACUAAGAAACCCUCCAACUUUAACUUGUAACGUAGCUUCAUCCUCCAAACCGACUCCUUUUUCUUUUUCUCUUUCUUUUCCUGUGUGUAGUACAGAUGAAACUUAAACCAGUUUCUUGACACUGCUUUUCAUGUCCAAACCAGCCAUUUUGAUGGACUUCAGUAAGGGGGGGUGGCUCUCCCACCCCCCUCCUCCUCUCUGCCACCCAAGUACACAGAUGAAUGUGGAUUGGCUCAUUGUAAAGAUGAUUUCUGGGGAGGGAAGGAGGGGGGUACACAGCAAGGAAAAAAAAACCCCAACCUUUGUAUAUGACUUUUAAAACAAAAAGAGGACAACACAGUAUUUUUCAAAGUUGUAUAUAGCGCAUAUGCAUGGACAAAGAGCAAGCGUGGCACGUGUUUGCAUAAUGUUUAAUUACAAAAAAUAUUUAUUCUUUAAAAAUCUUCAA